CGGGGUUGGGAUUUCUCUGGGAAAGCCCAGCGGUGGUAGCUGCAGCGGAUCUCCCGGCACCGUCCCACUGUCCUCGGUGCGCUCGCCCAGCCCAGGGCUGGCGAGCAGCUCCGCAAAGUCGCGGAGCGAAAGGAGGCGGAGCGCCCGGAAAGUGGUCAGGGCUCAGCGCUGAGGCUGGGUUGGGCGAGGUGUGUGCCCUGGGAUCCUGGAUCCCGGAGCCCUGUGCCUUGUGUGGAGCUGCCAGUGCACCGGGAGGCGAGCUGACGCUCGGGAAAGAGAAGUCAAAUUGCAGCCUUCCCAAAGACGCUAAGUUACGCAGGCCAGCCAGUUCCCGGACAGCGUUCGCGAGAGCGCAGAGCUGAGCUGCAGAGCUAUUGGGGCCAGCCGGCUAGGAGUAGGGCAGCAGCCCCUGUGCACCGGGUCCGGUCCGGUUCGAAGUGCGCCUUGGUACAGAGAGGGGGCGUGCAAGACUCCAUCGGGUCGCCCGCAGCCCGCGCCUGACUUGGGCGUCCCCUUCGUCCCAUUCCGGGAGCGAUGCCCCCCGCCCCUUACGUCCCCCGGGAACGCCUUGAGCAUGGAGAAGUCGAGUAGCGAGGAUUCUUCGAUCCACCGGAGUCCAUCUUUGGACAGCAAGGACUCGGACUUUGCCAAACCGUCCACCUCGGGCCGCUCGUUCGGCCGCGGCUUCACAGCCGGUGCCUUCUAUGGCACCGCAGGCUCCCGGGGCCAGAGCCGUGCUGAGGCUGGCGUUAAGACCGACAAGUACAAUGCCCCCAAAGGCAGCAAGUACGUGGUGUUUUACCUGGACCUGUCCUUUGUUUUCCUCCUAGAAUUUAAAAAGUGCAACAUGGCCAGGGGCUGCCUCUGCUGCUUGAAGUACAUGAUGUUCCUCUUCAAUUUGAUAUUCUGGCUCUGUGGCUGUGGGCUGCUUGGAGUGGGCAUUUGGCUCUCCGUAUCCCAAGGCAACUUUGCCACCUUCUCCCCAAGCUUCCCUUCACUGUCCGCAGCCAACCUAGUCAUCGCCAUAGGCACCAUUGUCAUGGUGACGGGCUUCCUCGGCUGCCUGGGGGCCAUCAAGGAAAACAAGUGCCUCCUCCUCAGUUUUUUCAUCGUCCUGUUGAUCAUCCUUCUAUCAGAGCUGAUCUUACUUAUCCUCUUCUUUGUCUACAUGGACAAGGUCAACGAGAACGCCAAGAGGGACCUGAAAGAAGGCCUGCUGCUGUAUAACACUGAGAACAACGUGGGGCUGAAGAACGCCUGGAACAUCAUCCAGGCCGAGAUGCACUGCUGUGGCGUCAGUGACUACACAGAUUGGUACCCGGUGCUGGGCGAGAACACGGUCCCCGACCGCUGCUGCAUGGAGAACUCGCAGGGCUGUGGGCGCAACAGCACCACCCCGGUGUGGAGAACGGGCUGCUAUGAAAAGGUGAAGAUGUGGUUUGAUGACAACAAGCACGUGCUUGGCACAGUGGGGAUGUGCAUCCUGAUCAUGCAGAUUCUGGGCAUGGCCUUCUCCAUGACCCUCUUCCAGCACAUCCACCGGACUGGUAAAAAGUACGACGCCUGAGUGCCGGCGGGAGCCCCAGGCCCCACACGGACGCUGUGCCAGGGAAGGAGACUUGAGCUUUGUGUUGCCUGCCCGCUCUCCAGACUGCUGACCCCUGCCCCCGCCUCCCUCAGCCGCCCUCUCCGCCCACCCCGCCUCAGCCUUCUUGGGCUGGAGGGCCAGGGAGGAGGAGGCACGGAGACCUUGGGGUGCUGGGGGUGCCUGGAUUCCUGCAUCUGUGUAUUUGCCAAAGAAGACAGGGUGGGCCAGGGGACAUGCUCCAGGAGGCCCCCGCACCGAUGCGUGUCCACCGCCCUUCCUCACACUGACACUGUGCCCGUGUGGGGUGCAGCAGAGGCUCCCUCCUGGUGGAGAGACUGCCCAGCAGAGGCCACCCCGUGGGAAAGGGGGAGAGGCCGCCUCCGGCCUAGGUCCCAGGGAGCAUCUUGCCCAGGCUUUUUAUACCUUACAGUGUAACUUUUUUAUUUUAUUUUACUCUGAUUAUGAUUAUUCAGGAAUAUUAUCUCAGAUAAGUUUAGGGUUAGCUUUCUGACUUAUAACUUUUUACUGCGUUGAUUUCUGUAACGGUUUGAUUUUUUUUGUUCCUUGAGGGUGGGAGACGGGUGGGAGAGAGCACGUUGUCGUCUGGCUUCAGUCAGGACAAACCACUGUGCACCCUCAGGAGGUGCCCGGGCGAGACGCGCUCAGAACGCAGGAGACGCAGGAGGCUGGAAGAGGAGGUGACGUGGAGGAGUGUCCCCCGAGGGACGAAGUGUUUGCGAAUGCUGGUGCAAGAGGCCAGAGCAGAGGGGUCCUGGGGCUGGCGAAGUGCUGUGCUGGGAACGUGGCUGGAGCAGUCGCGGGCCGUUCUUCAUUGACGAGCAGUUGUUCUUUUCCCUUCUUCUUCCCUCCUGCCCUCUGCGGCACAGAGGCCCCCCCACCCCCACCCCCCAUGCGGGCCUUCCCGCCACAGGUUCUGUAGACCCAGUGAUUUCAUAGACAUUCCUGCUAGAAGCUCUCGGACACAUACCUCCAGGCCAGUUCAGCUGCUGCUCACUUUCUCACACUGCUUCUGGGAGGGGUAGCCGUCCUGGAGGUUUGCUGCUCGGACAGUGACAGAGGACCCGUGACAGUCAGGAGGGGCAGGUGGACAUGGUGCCCAUGAUCAUUCCAGCCGGAAUCACUGGGCUGCAGAUGGAGGGAGAUGGAGGUCCAUUCAGGUCCCAGGGCCCUCAUCUCCUCCCUUGGGGUUCACUGAUGGUGGGGCAGGUGGCAGUCACAUCCCCUGUGACCCCAAGGAAAAGUACAGAAAACUGGGAGAGGUCAGACUGUCAGAGCCUGUAAAGUAGCCCCAGGACAGAAGCAGCCUGAGUCCAGGCCUGGGAGGUGAGCAGACAGGCGGGAUGUUAGACUGCAGUGGAGUGUCCCGCCCGGACUCAUGCUGCUCUAAGUGAGCAUUUUGCAGGUAAGGAAAGAGUCAAGAAUCCAUGGGACGGAGCUUGAAAGGUUCCCCACUAGCUAGGUAGGACCCGGUGCGCUUCCCUGGUGGGGCCUCCGGGCGGCGGCCUUUUCCUGCACCACUUGGCUCCACACCCAGUCUUCCCGCCAGGCCUGCGUCUCCUCUCUGGCCUCGACCUGUCUACUCCAAGAGCUGAGACCUGGCCACCCUGCCAGCAGCCCCUCCACUAAGCUCAAGUGCAGUACAGUCAGGACUGGGAGUAUGGAACUUUUGGUAAGCUCAGGAUGCAUGUUUUUGGGAGGGGGAGUAGAGUAGUCUCAGUGAAUUGGGCAGUAAAGCCACCCCCUGAGACCGGAGCACCGGUGCAGGUGGGAGAGCUGGGAAGGUGGGGCCUGGGUGGAGGAUGCACAAGCACACAUUGAGCAAAACUGCCACUGGGUCCUCCGGCCCGUCUUCCUGGUGAGGAGCUUCAGCCUCCUCUCCAGGGGCCCCAACCUACAGAGCUCAGAGAGACACUCAGCAAACACUUUCAAGUCACACAGUGGGACCUGGUGCAUAAUGUGUUUAUGCUGGGGGGAGGGUGGGUUUGAUUAUGCCUAUCAAUGCAAUUUUUAAUUUUUGUUAAAAUCAACAGCAAAAGCCUAGCACCAUGGGGGCUGUGUAGCCUCCCUGGCAAUCUUGUUUCCGGGGCUUCCAGGGGCAUCCUCUGGCCCUGGAGACCUUGCCACAAACCCCCUUCCUGCUGCAAGCCCCCCACCUCAUCCAUCUGUUCCCAGAGCCUUGUCCACAGUUUCCAAACCCCCUACCCCCCUCAUCCUGUGCUUGGUUGUCUCCUCAUGCGGCUAAGUCUGCCUGGGGUGGGAGGCACCGUGCAUGGGCCUGGGUGCUCUUCCAACCCCUUGUCUGGCCCACACCACACAGAAAGCCUCCAUCAUGGCUUCCCUCAUGUAAGUCAGAAUUAGUUUAAUCAGGUCUGCUGCUGGCGGUUUACAGAAGGCUCAGAAGGUCAGGGUCCUGUGGAUGACUAAGGGAACGCUUGCCGUGGCCUUGCCCUGCAGUGUACUGCUAUGGCAGCUGUCAGCAGGAGUCUCCGCCUGCACUCACAGCACUGCCAGCCCUCUCCCUGCCGGCCUGGGCCUGUGCCUUGGGCUCUCACUCUGGAAAGGGUGCUGAGCACACCUGGGCGCUCAUGUGGAUGUUCUAGUCUGACUUGGAACUAGGUGGCCAUCCCUCCUUGUUUUAGUGGCCAAAAAGCAGUCAGGUGGGUGGAAAUGACUGUCCCCGGCUCCCUGGCCCCCUGCCCACCCGCUGGUGGAGGUGCUAACUAGCAGGGAUCUGGCGUAGGACGGGAGCUGGGGCCAGGCGCACGGGGUCUGUUCUUUGUCCUGGGCCGUCUGAGUCCCGCUGCUCCUGUGCCCCUUCUCCCAUUUCCCUCCUCAUCCCGCAGUGCAGCAGCGGUCCGGGGUGGGGCCUGGCCUUCCCGCCUGACCGAGCACUCUGAGGGUGAGGGUGGGCCUGGGGCCCGGGUCCCACCCUGCCUGGCCCUGGAGCCGCACGGGAGGGCAGAGGAGCACGCCUGUUGGUUUCAAAUGCACUUUUCUGCUUGUGAUGCCGUAUCUGCGUUUCCUUCAUCCUGGUCCUGGCUUUAUUGAACACCAUGUUUUUAGCAUGUUUUUAAAUAAAAACUGAUAAUGUGUCAAAAGCACAAGUA